CUCCCCAUUCCCCGAAUGAUGUGGUUUCUUGUAACUCUGGUCGUUGAUUCACUGAUAAUAGUUGUGUGUAGUCAUGAGCUUAGACUUUUUCAGACUGUAGCUGCCAAUCUGACUCAACUGUCGGGGUCGCCAUGGCUGCUGUUGGCCCCUGUGCUGUCCCCAGCGGUCCCCCAGGUCACCUCCCCUCCUUGCUGCCUCUGUCCGGAGGGCGUGCACAGGUUCCAGUGGAUCCGGAACCUGGUCCCGGAGUUCGGCGUCUGCAGCUCCCAUGUCAGGGUGCUCUCCUCCCCAGCGGAGUUUUUUGAGCUCAUGAAGGUCCAGAUAAAAGUGGCCAAGCGACGGGUCGUCAUGGCGUCUCUCUACCUGGGGACAGGUCCUCUGGAGCAGGAACUGGUAGACUGCCUGGAAAGCUCUCUAGAACAGUCUCUCCAAGCCAAGUUUCCUUCGGACCUCAGGGUGUCCAUUCUCUUGGACUUCACACGGGGCUCAAGAGGCCGGAAGAACUCGCGCACGAUGCUGCUGCCGCUGCUGCGGAGGUUCCCCGAGCAGGUUCGCGUCUCGCUCUUCCACACGCCUAACCUCCGGGGGCUUCUCCGGCUGCUGGUCCCCGAGCGCUUCAACGAGACCAUCGGCCUGCAGCACAUCAAGGUCUACCUCUUUGACAACAGCGUCAUCUUGAGCGGUGCGAACCUGAGCGACUCCUACUUCACCAACCGUCAGGACCGCUACGUGUUCUUGCGGGACUGCCCCGAGGUGGCGGACUUCUUCACGGAGCUGGUGGACGCCGUGGGGGACGUGUCCCUGCAGUUGCGGGGCGACGACACGGUGCAGGUGGUGGAGGGGAUGGUGCACCCUUACAAAGGUGACCGCGCCGCGUACUGCAGAGCGGCCAACAAGAGGGUGAUGGACGUGGUCAACUCGGCCAGGGCCCGCCAGCAAGUGCUGCACGCCCAGACCUUCCACGGCGACUCCCUUUUGGCCCAGGAGGACGCUGCAGCCGCUGGUGACCGGAGGCCGGCCCCUGACACCUGGAUUUACCCCCUGAUCCAGAUGAAGCCCUUCGAGAUCCAGAUCGACGAGAUCGUCACCGAGACCCUGCUGACGGAGGCGGAGCGAGGCGCCAAGGUCUACCUCACCACGGGCUACUUCAACCUGACCCAGGCCUACAUGGACCUGGUCUUGGGCGCGCGGGCCGAGUACCAGAUCCUGCUGGCCUCCCCGGAGGUGAACGGCUUCUUCGGGGCCAAGGGGGUGGCCGGCGCCAUCCCGGCCGCCUACGUGCACAUCGAGCGGCAGUUCUACGGCGCGGUGUGCAGCCGGGGGCAGCAGGAGCGGGUGCGGCUGCAGGAGUACUGGCGCCGGGGCUGGACGUUCCACGCCAAAGGCCUCUGGCUGUACCUGGCAGGGAGCGCCCUGCCCUGCCUCACGCUGAUUGGCUCUCCUAAUUUUGGGUACAGGUCGGUUCACCGGGACCUGGAGGCCCAGAUCGCCAUAGUGACAGAGAGCCGGGCCCUGCAGCAGCAACUUCACCAGGAGCAGGAGCAGCUCUACCUGCGCUCCGGCGCCGUGUCCUCUGCCACCUUCGAGCAGCCCAGUCGGCAGGUGAAGCUCUGGGUGAAGAUGGUGACUCCGCUGAUCAAGAACUUCUUCUGAGGAUGGACAGGUGCCGCCUGAUUUAGAAAGUACGGCUAGAAAACCGACAGCUGUUUCCUGCCUCCUCUCGCUCUCUCCCCUGUGGCCGCUUUGGACUCGCUUCUGUUUUUGUUUUGACAUUUACAUACUGGCCCAUGUUUUUAAAGAACGUGCGUACGUCGCCAUUUCUCUUCCCCCAAAUAAAGCGUCUCUUACUUAGGAAAAAAAGCCCCAAACAUACGCCAGUGGGACCCCUGACCGAGGCGUCAGCAAGAGUCCCUAAGCGUCGUCAGACACCCCAAAGGUGUGCCCAGGCGUCUUACAAGUGUUUUUAUUUCAUUGGAGCUUUUCCGUGCGUUUGGCUUGAAGACCCCGUUAUGGGGCACACGUGGGGUCCGGUGACCCGUCAGUCAAGUGUCCCUUUUCUGUGGGUUCCCCUCAGUUUUUUCCUUUGCGAAUGAAUGAACCUUCUUGUUGGAUCGGCUCUAAACCCCUCAGAGCAGGGCAUCUUCCAAACCCACGUCCGUCCUGUCGUGUAGGUUCGGUCCUGCCGUCCUGUCGUGUAGACAGCCUUGUCGGAGGCCAGGGUCCCCGCCCCGCCUUGUCUCCCAGAACGGAUGGUGAAACGCUGCUGCCCAGUCUCUUCAUCUGAAGAGAUGCCUGAACCUCGCAGAGAGAGAGACGCCUUCCCGGGGGAAGGCCUUUCCGGGUCUGGCAGCCCAUUCUCUGGAGGGGGACGGACGGCCUUCCGUCCCUGCACGCUGCCCCAGAAGCACCUUCACGUGGGUCCCUCGCAGGGUCUGGGGCCGCCGCACACACUGGCUGUGUGCACGGGGCGCUCUGGCACCUCGGCCUGGGCUGAGAGCGCCUGCCCCCCCCCCCCCCCCCCCCCCGGGGCAGACGUGCCCGCUGCGGCGGUUGGGCGUCGAGGAGUUGGGGCCACGGCGCCUCCGUGAACACUGUUGGCCUUCAGACCAGUGGUUAAAUCGUCCUGUGGGACAAUUAGACUGGAGAAGCCAAAAGCCCCGCCGGGUUUGUUUGGGGAGAGGCUCUCGGUAAACAGCACUCACCGUCCCGCAGCUUCUGUGGGACCAGGCAGCCCAGCUCGAGCAGCGGGGCCGUGCCCUCCACGCGCAGCUUCCUUUUCCCUGCCGGUGCCCUCAAGACAGCCCCUCCGCUCCCCGGGGAGAUGGGGGCUCGGGGCCGAGAGCGGGGUGCUGCAGGUCAGCACCUUCAGGCGCAAGGCGGGCUUCGGGCCGCUGUUUUCCCCGGCACCAGUUUGCAACCCAAAGGUGCAUCAUCGCCUGGAGAGUCGGGAGAGCAUUUUGUUGGCUGCCCACGAUAUGUGUGGGAUAAAUUGCUGUUUUAUUUCAGGCUCUAAAGGCAAACUGGAAAACCUUCCCAUUUUGUGGUUAUUACCAGGGAUUAAAAAUGAGUUGCCUGGUGGCCACGGGUAGUGUGCGCUCUUGUCAGAGGAGUGGCGGGCUCCCUGGUCCCGCACGAAGGGCAGCAGCGACCCCUCCUGGCCAGCCGAGUGGUUGCCUAGAAGCCUGGCCCUGUGGCCCAGAGAGUCCUGCCUGCCUUCAGGCGCAGCCCCACCGGGGUUGGACCCUCCUUCCUCCAGGCGGAUUUGAUGGUCAGUUUUCCCUCUGUUAUGAGCUUCUGGGCCCCAGGACUGCUGUGGGUUGUCACCCUCAGAGUUCCGUCUUCUGGGGUCUCCACUCCCCACAGCUCUGGUGAGAAUGCUUGGAAAAACGUUUUCACGAAACCUCAGGAUCAGAUUGAGCCUGGCCUGAAGCCAGGUCUUCUCAGAGGGCUCCCUACGCUCCGCAUUUAAGCCUGAGGGCCGCCCACCUUCUCUGGGGUCUGUGGGUCUGAAGGCUGUCUGCCUUCCCUGUGGCCCCGGUUUUCUGGCUCAUCACUCCAUCCUGUCUGCCCGCCACCCCAGCCAGCCCGCUCACAUGGCUAGAUCAGCCACAGAAAGUCAGGGCCUGCGGUGGCAGCCUGGUCAUCCCAGGGCGCCCCCCCCCCCCCCGGCGUGUGCAGCAGGCUGUGUGCUUGGGGCACCUUGCCUCACCAGGUCAGUUAUUAGUUCUGUCUCCCUGGACAAGUUCAAGGGCCUGAAACACAGGCUGGCUGUGGGGCUUGUCUGAAGGGACGCGACGUUGGCCGUCCUGUGCCCACCGCCGUGAGCGUUCCCCGGCCCACUGCGGGGGGGCCUCAGCUGUCUGGAAGCCAGCUUGUGUGCCGAGCCACAUUUAGGUUGUGGGGGCCCUGGGGCAGCAGGAAAGGAAGGUGCCGAGUCCACUAAGAAGGGACCUGUGAGCUCAGUUAUUGUAGAAAUGACAAGUCAGUGGCCUCGGAGAACACACCUGUUUAAGUGGGUCUGGCGUCCACGCUCUUGUGUUCUGUUCCCACGGUUUAGAGAGCGGGCAGGUGCAGGAGCAGCUCAGCCCGAGGGGAGAAGUGGCCUCUGGCAUGGGCACAUCUCCCAACUCCUGUGAUGGGAGGCGGCAUUGUCCUCCUCCAGAGAGGUUGUGUGUCUCUGGAGAAGGGAGCCGUGUGGAGGUGGCCCCGCCUCUGAGGGAAUGCCCUGGCCCCUCACGGUGGGUGGUGUGCCUGCAGCAUCAGGCCAGAGGGCGUGACUGCUGCACCCACAGCCUGUGCACCGCCUGUGGGAGGAAACCACCCUCCGGCAGGUGCGGGCUUGGGGGCUGGGCUCCCGGAUGCUGGCCUUGCCCCCAAGCCCAUGCAAGGCCCCUGCGACUCAGACAGGCACAGCUAAGUGACUUCACUGCUUUAAUCCAGCCCGAACCCCCCCCCCCCUUCAUGCUGCCCCCUCCCUCAGGCCGGGCCAUGUUUCUGGGGUUCUAAAGUGCCCGGAGUAGUUAGAACAAAAAGCAACCUGCAGUUCCUGUAAAAAUAAGUGACAGCAAGAUUGAGCUUCUGAUUAUCCGUUUGAAGUUGGGGUUCGGCUCUGGCCCCGGGAGGCGUGGGCUGUGCGGCAGGCCCCAGGCAGCCAGCUAGGCCUGCAAGAGCAGGGCCACGGCCGCCAGGAUCCACUUGGCCGCCUUCUCUUUGGUCUUGAGGUUAAAGGUCCAGACGUAGGUGGGGCCACGGAUGCGUGUUUUGUACACAGGACACUCAUAGAUGUUCUUGGUGUCCAUGCGGU